AUGAGUAUUGGUCACAGGAAGGGUAGAAGCGUAUCUAGGGGUCGGAGCAGCAGCUCCAGCAGCGCUGCUCCAAGCAGCACUGCGACACUGGAUGUUGCAGCUUUGAAUCGUACAAUGUAUAUUCGUUCUCCGCUUGGGAGCUUUAGGGAGCCUCUUGUGCACAUGAAACUGCGGGAGUUCGCUAGGGCACACCACGGGGUGUUUGGAACUUGUACAUUGAAUGGGGUUGCUGCGUGGAUUCUGACGACACAAUUUCUCGCAGUUCUCGCGGGGCUUAUGGCAUGCCCGGAUGAUGGAUGGGAUCUGACGAAGAAACCAUUCAUUAAUGCGAGUACGGGCGAAGGAGGCUUUUUUAUCUAUUGCUUUUCAUCUACACUGCUGACGUACUUACUUGCUCUGAAGUUCGCGGGGCCGCUCAUGCUCAGGGCUUCAUUUAAAGUCUCGCAGCUCUUCUCUACCCUACUCGUUUGCAUCGGGUUUUCAAUCCAGAUCUGGUAUACCAGGGAGGGAAUGUUAGUUUGUGCUCCCGGGAAGCCGUUGGAGCAUCUCAGAACUCGCACAGUGCUGCUCAUCAAUGCCGUUUACACGCAGUUACAACUCUUGAUGUUUGUCUGUUCGGCAUUCAACAGCCUAUAUUGGCCAAGGCUAUAUGAGUGGUGGUUCUGCAAGUACUCCAUUCGUCUGUGGCGUCUUGUCAAAAAGCACAAGAUCAAACUCGACAUCCCAGACGCCGUCAAGCGUACCGUGGAGGCAGCCGGGCCAAGGGCCAGAAGCAGUGAGCUCUUGGCCUGUUAG